AUGUUUAAAAGAACACAAUUUUUCCUUAAACAUGACAUAAAUGAAGUGAACAGAUUCAUUGAAGAACAAGAUAAUGCAUUUGGUUAUGGGUUUACUACAAUAUUAUCCGAUAGUCAAUCACCUACACCAUGUCAUGGAAUUAUAUUUAUUUUUACAUGUAAUGAAUAUAAAGAUCGUGGUUCGGAUAUGUAUCGAUUUUGUUGUUCAUUUUAUAAACAAUAUUUAGCUGGUGAACGUUAUAUUGAGCGACGAGGCCAAUUAUUUUGUUUAGAUUGUUUCGAAACAACGUAUGCAGAAUAUUGUGAUAUAUGUUGUGAACCCAUUGGGCCCUCUCAAGCUCGAAUAACUUAUGAAUCACAUCAUGAUUUUUUACAAGAUUAUGGUAUAUUAUUUUGUUCAAAUGAAUGUGCAUCACAAAUAAGUAAUCAUUCAAUAAGUACAAAAUUGAUUCAACAAAAUAACCUUCAUUCAAAUGGAAUGUUGUCUUUAAUAUCAUGUACAAAAUCAAUAAUAACAUCACAAUUUCCACGUUCAAGUUCAUUAAAUGGUUCAUCAAGAUUUACAAAACAAUAUCGUGUACAUUUUGUUGGUAAUGAAAAAGAAAAAAACUCAAAAUAUUCACCAACAAUGAGUUAUAAAUCAAAAUUCUUAUGUCGAUCAUUAUCAUCGUCAUCAUCAACUGUUCAUGAUGAUAAUCAAGAAGAUAUUAAUUCAAUAUUUGAUCAAUUUGAUAUGUGUGGAAUUCAUUUACGAAAACCAAUAAAUUGUAGAACAGAAAUAAGUUAUGUUGAUGAAACAAGUACAAUAAAUACAAAAUUAAUGAAAAAAACAACAACAUUAAAUAAAAAACAGAAAAACUCUAAUGAAAAACGAGGAAAAACAAAUUACAUUGUUAGUUCAUUUUUUUUCUGUAUAUAUUCUAAAUCUCUUCAUUAA